CAAUAUGUCAGAAAAUUCAACAUCUUCAACUGAUCAUUCUAAACAGAAAUCUACUGGGAAAAGAAAAUAUCAUCAAAAAUCGAGGCUAGGCUGUUCUACUUGUAAGAAGAGAAGAGUCAAAUGUGAUGAGACCAGGCCCACUUGUAAGAAGUGCCAGCAUAUGGAUCUAGUAUGUGGAUACACUCUCGAAGACCAGACUCCACCAAAAGACGGUUCCUUGCCGUUCGCUAACAAGAAGAGUGAACCAAUGGCCAAGAAGAGAAGAGUCAAGGAAGAAGAUGGAUUAUCUGAUUCAAUUGGCAAUUCCCGGUCCAGUUCGGUAUCUUCCAGUGAUUCCCAAACACAGCAGGCUACCCCGGCGAUUACCCCAAGUCCCAGUUAUACCGACCAACAGCUGCAAUCGCAACAAGAUCCACAACCACCACAACCGCAAAAGGCCAAACCGUUUUAUCAUAAUUUAUUGAAUGCUGGUAAUUUGAAUAAUCUUAAUUUGAGCCAUUUGGUGAAUAAUUUAAGUGGAUUAGGGGAUUUGAGUAAUUUGGGAAGUUUAACAAGUUUAGGAAAUUUAGCUACUCUAGCACAAUUACCGAUUGAUUUGAGUAGUUUAGGGGGCAAUAGUCCUCAAUUGACUCCACAACCUCAACAACAACCCCAAUCUCAACUGCAGCAGCAGCAGCAGCAACAACCCCAACAACUGCAACAAGCAUCGGUGCAAGCACAAGUUGCCGCUGCUGCAAUGAACUCGAAUCCUUUGAUGAAUUUGGGCAACCUUUUUGCAGCCGGGUCCAAUGAUUUCAGCCAGUUUAUGAAGUCCCAGGGACUGUCCACCAACACCACCCAAGCACGUCCACAACGCCAGCACCAGCAACAACAACAGAAUCAACAAGCUCAACAGCAGGACCAACAAGCUCAACAACAGCAACAGCAACAGCAGCAGAAUCAACAACAGAAUCAGCAACAACCUCAAGCACAAGCAAAAACACACGCCCAGGGGCAAGAUACUCAACCAAGCAUAUCACCCAAUGUCAACACCAGCAACCCGCCGCCAUUAGGAAACUCACCAUUGAACCACCCAAUGGCGGGAAUACCCAAUGGAUCGUCACUCAACAUGUUGGACCUAAGACUCAUGUUUCAUUACACGUCGCAAGUGUCAAAUACCAUAACGGGAGCCGGAAUAAGUGAUACUAAUAUUUGGAAUCACGAUAUACCAAUGUUGGCCUUUAACUAUCCAUUUUUAAUGCAUUCAAUUCUAGCGUUCAGUGCCACCCAUUUAUCAAGAACCGAAAAGGGAUUGGAUCAAUGCGUAACCUGUCAUCGAGGAGACGCCUUAAGAUUAUUGAGAGAAGCGGUACUUGACAUAAAUAACGAUAAUACCGAUGCCUUAGUAGCUUCUGCGUUAAUCUUGAUUAUGGAUUCAUUAGCCAACGCGUCCUUCCCAUCGAGCACUAGUCCCAAAUCCUUACCGGCAUCUGCAUGGAUUUUCCAUGUUAAAGGAGCUGCCACCAUAUUAACUGCGGUUUGGCCAUUGACUGAACAAAGUCGAUUUUAUAAGUUUAUUUCUGUUGAUUUAGGAGAUUUAGGAGAUAUACCUAAUCAACAAAGGGAGCUGAAGGAUAAACUGAAUCCUAAUGACAUUAAAUAUUUCACUGAUUUAGAAUGUCAUGAUAGUGAUAUUGCUGAUUUAUUCCCGGUUGAAAUUGAAAGUCCUUAUUUAAUUACCUUGGCCUAUUUAAAUAAGUUACAUAAGGAAAGGUAUAAGUCCGAUUUUAUACUUAGAAUAUUUGCCUUCCCGGCCCUUUUAGAUAAGAAUUUCCUACUGUUGUUAAUGACUGGGGAUAUAAAAGCCAUGAGAAUCAUGAGAUCCUAUUAUAAAUUAUUAAGAUCUUUUACUACAGAAAUGAAAGACAAAGUUUGGUUCUUGGAAGGGGUUUCUCAAGUGUUACCAGUGGAUGUAGAAGAGUACGCUGGUGGUGCUGGUGGGAUGCAUAUGAUGUUGGACUUUUUAGGUGGUGGUCCGUCCAUAAUCGAUGAUCAUGAAAUCGACGAAGAAAUUGGCAAUUUUGAUCCUAGUGGCGUGCUUACCAAUAAGCUCAUCGAUACAAAUAACUUACCCAGUGAUAUUACUUCCAACCUUGACGUAAUGCAAGGGGAUAGUGGGUUUAUGAAUAUCAAAUAGUGUAUAAUAUAAUUAUAGGAAUAUAUAUGAAUAGCUAAUCUCGUUAUCGGGAAGGUCGUGUGCAU